CGCCGGUAUGAUCUAGUGUGAGGAUCGGUAAAGCCAUAAAAAAAAACUUCUUACGAGAAAAUUUAGUCUCAAGGAACAGUUUAAAAAAAUUCGCGAAAUGCACUUCGCGAAUAAAUCGGAUAAAAUGCAUAAUCAGAAACGACUAUCGCUAAAACAUCAGAUAGUCGAUGUUCCAAUUUAUUCACCAUGUCACACCGUGUUGGUGGAUUCGGGAAACACAGGCGAAACACUAGACAGAUGUGAGACAAAGUCGGACAAAUGCGAUCGUUUAAAAUUUUGCGGAAAGGAAUGCAUUGCUGUUACUGUAAUAAUCUCUGUGGUGCUGAUCGUGACUUUGUUGAGGCUUGCUCUUAUUUUUUUCGUGAAUAAAACUUUAGAUCCUCUUCAUUGGGAAUCAAACAUGGAUCGGUUCAUCGAGCUCAGCGAGCUUGACGCUAAACCGAUGGUGGAAAGAGAGUUUAUUGAAAAUCCAUUUUUCAACGAUCAGAUGAACCUCACGAAUCAGAUAAUGCAAGCAGAAAGCGAUGCGCUUUCUUACAUAUAUAACAUUGAUGCGACGAAUGAAGGUGACACGCGUUCCAAACGAGAGAUAUCACGCGCGAGGAGAGACUGCGAGAUGAGCGCUGAACGUUGCGGGAUGCUGUUACACACGAUGGAAAGUUAUUUAAAGAAUCUCAAGAAUAAUGUACUAAACGACGAAUAUCCCGUGGCCGUAUCGGACAUUUUAAAAUGUCUGAAAUGCAAGGCGCAGUUGACUGACGCGAAUAAAUUCAACGAGGAUCCUACGCCGCGAUCGCAAGAUCAAUAUUUCUCUCAUGACUACGCCGAGCAAAAUCGCUCGAGCGAUUCCGGUAUCACCGCUAUCAAAUUGCUGGAUAACGAAGAGGCUAAACGGACGGAAAUUAAUCGAACGGAAGCGGCGAAAAUUCAAAUGACGGUGACGGAAUCGCUUAUAAACGAUGUAUCGCAGAAUUCUGCGAAUGAAUCAUUAAAAAACAUCGAUAUAUCGAAAAUUACCACUAUAUCGAUUGAUCGUACAAAUUACAACGGAAGUCAGCAGGUAGAUACAAAUACGACUGGCAUUAAUAACAGCUCGACGACGAGUAUAAACGACGAACAGCCGGACGAUGAUCUAAUCGACUCGCGUACGAUGACAACCCAAAUCGAUGAAAGCAGUUCUUCCGCUGUAUCAAACUCCGAUCAACAAACUGAAAGCGAAGGUGCAACAAAUGAAACCGUAACGCUGCAGUUUGAUACGACAGAGUCGAGUAGCACGACGCAAUAUAAUGUUACGGAAGACGAUGCAAUAUCCAAAGGAACCGUAGAUUAUUCGGUAGGAUCAACUGAAACGAAUACGCGGUAUCCCGUCGAUCUCGCAAAACAAAUUACAAUUGCUGAAAACGUGACGAGUAUGCCAGCAGGAUACGACGUGACCGGAAUCGACAGCGAUGAUGACAGCACGGGGCAUCCUUCGGUGCAACCUUCGUUCGAAGGACACCCGGAAAAUCAAUUGGCUACAACGGUAAACGUUUCAGAAUCGACGGAGGAUCACAGUGUUUUCAGUGAAUUCACAUCGGACGAUUAUUCUGAAACGGAGAACAGCAGCGAGUCGAUCCAAGCAACUACCGAGAGUACGAAAUCCUUCCAGCAUUUGCAGAUGUUACAUCCCGUCUGCAUCUUUGAUUAUUCAGUUAGCCAAUCUUCCAAUAUGCCUCCUCCAGCGUCCUCUUAUCCAGAUUCGUCCGAUCCUUCCAUCACGCAAAAUCGUGAGUUUCCGUUCCAGAAAUCUCCUUAUCGUGGUUUCCCGUCGUCGAAUUACAUGCAAUUACAGGCAAAUACGAUGCAAUUUAUACCGGGAUUCGGUUAUGCCGGCAAUCUGCCGCAAGCUCAGCCGGCGGAACAAGGUCCUAUGGGAUCCGGCGCAUCAAAGGUAUCGCCGAUCACGCUCGAUCAACAGUCGAUGGCAAAGACGCCGUACUUUUGCGGCUACAUGUCAUUGCCGAUUCUUCACUUUUCGUCGAUCUCCGACACGUUGCAAUCUGAUCGCUCCUCUGUUGAUAAAGCGAAGGAUUCUCCGCCGGAAGAACCGCGAAAGCUUUUUCAAAAGGACGGAACUGUCGUAUCGCAGGACUAUUCAGCGUACAAAUGUCCCCAAAAUUAUUAUCAAUGCGAUAAUUUAUUCUGCAUUCCGGAGAUGAAUAGAUGCGAUGGCCGUGCUAAUUGCUUUGAUGUCAGCGACGAGAUGAAUUGCUCUUGCAGGGAUCGGGUAUUACGAGAUCAAAUUUGUGACGGUUAUUUUGAUUGUCCACAUGGAGAGGACGAGCUCGGCUGUUUCGAUUGCCCGGCAGACUCUUUUAGUUGUAAUUACGACUCGUACAAUCCUCUACGGCAUAAUUGUGUGCCACUUUCGCAACGUUGCGACGGUAUUAAACAAUGUUCUGACGGAAAAGACGAGCUGGACUGUACUAUACUUUCGGAAUCAUACAUAAGUCCAAAAGAUAUAUCUACCGUUGGUUAUACUCAAGGAUAUUUGCAUAAAAACGUACAAGGACAAUGGUAUCCCGUUUGUUCGGUCACAUCUUCCUGGGCGAUUGAUGCUUGUCUUUCGGAAAUUGGUCAACCGCUAACAGCAAUACCGGAUAUACAAAUCGUACGUGUGCCUGAAAAUGUCUUUCGAGAUCCUUACGUAAAAGAAAUCGACGGUCAGAUAAAAUUGACAUCGUGUUCGGGUACAGCAAUAUUCGUGAGGUGUCCGCCGUUACCAUGCGGCAUAAAAACUAUCCCGUAUCAGGAUUCCUUCCGUACUGUCGACGCAAUGAGAAACGAUUAUGUAUACAAAAGACAGGGAAAGGAACAACACGUCUUGUAUAAGUUCAAUAAGCUUUAUCAGGAAACGCUGGGGCUAUUGGACACGAAACAUUCGGCGUUCGAGAAAAAAGAGCAAAAUGAAAACGAUACUCUCGUUGGAGCGCAAUCGCGAGUAGUCGGCGGUCGAGCUAGUCAGCCCAAAGCCUGGCCAUUUUUGGUUGCCAUUUACAAAGACGGUCGUUUCCACUGCGGUGGUGUUAUUCUCAGUGAAAUCCACGUACUCACCGCGAGUCACUGCAUGGAAGGAUACGAAAAACACUAUUACGAAAUACAAGCCGGCACCUUCAGACGGUUUUCAUUUUCACCGACGACUCAAUCGAGGAAAGCGAGAUUUGUGAUUACUCAUCCUGAGUACGAAAGUGAAAAUAUGCAGAAUGACAUAUCGAUUAUCAUGCUGGAUAAACCAUUCCUUUUCAACCGAUGGGUCCGUCAGGUUUGCUUACCGUCUUCAAGCAUCCUGGGCUCUGAAUGGAAUGAGGAACCAUCACCACUAUCUAUGUGCAUUGCUAUCGGAUGGGGAGCCUUAAGAGAAGAUGGACCAAAUUCGGAUUAUUUGCGAGAAGUAGAAGUACCGAUUUUGCCAGGGUGCAAUCAUCUGCCCGAUCAGAAUAACGCCACGAUCUGCGCAGGAUAUCCUGAGGGUGGCCAGGAUACCUGUCAGGGUGACAGUGGUGGUCCUUUGAUGUGCAGAAAUCGAAAUUUUGGCUCACAAUGGUAUGUAGCGGGCCUAGUCAGCCACGGUGAGGGAUGUGCACGUCCGAACGAGCCUGGUGUUUACAUGAAAAUAAGUUAUUUCUUGGACUGGAUUCAUCAAAUGUCUAAUAUGUUAAAUAAUUUUACGGAACCCUUUAACAAUGAUAAAAGACCUUUGGCCAAUUGUCCAACAUUUAGCUGCGACGACGGAAGGUGUUUGCCGAUAGAACAACAUUGCAAUCGAAUUAUAGAUUGUUUGAACGGAGAAGAUGAAAUCCAAUGUUACCCGUUUGAGGACCCGUUUGAGGUAUCGCCUCCGAAUAUGAAUAAUGGCAUGUAUAGACAAUCGGAUAAUAAUUUCAAUAAAGAGAUUGUGAAAUCACGAGCAGAUGAAACAUUCGACAAUAAUAUGAAAAAUCAAAUAACCACGGAAGCAAUUCCCAUCUCUACUUCUUACCGUUUCUUCUACAAAACGCAGACUGAUAUUGACGAAGAUUCUAGUACGUCGAAUGUUUUUGCAAUUAAUCCUAAAACAACAAACGUUAGAUUAACGUUCACGUGUAAAAGAUUGAUUCAAACUAUAACGAUCGAUAAGAGAUGCGAUAGGCACUUAGAUUGCGAGGAUGCCACCGAUGAAGAGGAUUGCACGUGUCGAGAUUAUCUGUCAAAUCUGCAAUCAACGGCGAUUUGCGAUGGACGUGUUGAUUGCGACGAUGAAACGGACGAAAAAGAUUGCGAUAUAUGCAGAGACGACGAGUAUUACUGCAGCAGGAGUGAAGGGUGCAUCCCGAUAACGAAUAGAUGCGACGGCAAUUUUGAUUGCCCUCUGAGCGAGGACGAACUCGAUUGCCUUACACUGACCAACGGAGAAUACGUGAACGUAGACAGCGAUGAUCAGACAGUUUUAAACAGGGAGGGUUUACUCAGUAGAUACUACAAUGGGGCGUGGCAUGUACAGUGUCUUGAAGCAGAGAUACUGGAUAAUAAUACCGUAACGUCGACAAUCGGACGGAACUUAUGCGAAUAUCUUGGGUUUGCAAAUGUGCAAUCAACGCAUAAAGUCGUCGCGAACAAGACAAUGCUGGAAACGAGAUCCUGGCGAAGGUGGGAUAACAUUACAAGUUACGAAUCUUCGUCGUCAAGCGAGGAAGACGGGACCUGUACGACGUUACAGAUUCGCUGCAGACAGGUUUUAAGCAGCAGUGCCGACACGCACCUGAUCGUCGAUCCAAGAACCGGGAAUUAUACCUACCUGUGGCCAUGGCUGGCCGCUAUUUUCGUCGACGGCCGUUAUCGCUGCUCGGCCUUACUCCUGGAACCAAACUGGCUUCUGUCCAGCUCAAGCUGUACGAAAGAUAUAAAAUUAUCGAUGAAUUAUACGACAGCCCUGCUUGGACAAAGCCGCUCGUAUCUCUACGUCGACGGACCUCAUCAACAGAUCUCGGUCGUUGACGAAAUCAGGAACGUGAAAACAUCGGAGGUCUCGUUGUUCCAUUUGAAAACUGCAGUAAAUUUUACCCGUCAUGUCCGGCCACUAUUUCUAGAAAAGAAAAUCUACCCGCCAGCGAGCAACGAUUUAUGCGUUGCUGUCGCCACAGACAAGGAACACGUGACACAAUCAAUCUUUCUACAACCGGUCCUUCAAAAUUGCAACAAUUGUUAUCGCUGCUUCGUUAAAACUGCAAAUUUCGAAUGUCCGAUCAAUGAAACUUCGUCGAAUUGGAGCGGAACGGUGUUCUGUCGCAGCGAGAAGGGAUGGUAUCCCGCUGCAGUAUUUCACGAAAUCGACGACUUGUGCAGUUUCCGAAGCAUGCGAAAUUUGACAAGCAUCGAUUACAUCCACGCUUUCCUCAUGCAUAUUCUGGAGACGGACCCGGAGCCGACAUCUGAACCGAUGUGCAACGGGGUUCGAUGCAACAUCGGACAGUGCGUUCCUUGGAGUCAGGUAUGUGACGGUGUAGGUGACUGUCGAGAUGAUUCGGAUGAGAAAGACGAAAUGUGCAUGGGUGAAGUGCAACAGACUAGUGGUAGUGACAAAUUUAAAAAAUGCGCAAAGUCGGAGUUGCGGUGCAGGAAUGGCGAGUGCGUCUCGAAGAGCGCUUUCUGUGACGCUAAAGUAGACUGCUCAGAUGGAACAGACGAACCCAUAACGUGCACGUGCGCGGAAUAUUUAAGGCUAACAAUACCGGAACGGUUGUGCGACGGUGUGCGACAUUGUCUCGAUAAAAGCGACGAGUCGCCGGAAAUGUGUCAAUGCACACAAACCAGCUUCAAAUGCAACGCAGUAAGCGACAAUAUUACCUGCAUCUCGCAAGAUUUCGUGUGCGAUGGUGACGAAGAUUGUCUGAAUGGCGAAGAUGAAAUGGAAUGCAGAAAGAUCGAAAAAUCGACGGAUGACAGGCCUGGCACAGGAGAAGUGAUGCAACGAUCCUACGGCGUAUGGCAUUCUCAAUGCUUUUCGUUACCAGUAACAUCGCAGGAAGAAGCAAAGAUUGUAUGCCAAAAAAAUGGCUACACAAAUGGAAGUAUCGAUUCUGAAAAUCAAACUUUGAGCGAGCCUGUUAUUCCGUCUCGCGAUGAUUUUUAUAUGAUACGAUUAAAUUCGUAUACGUGGAUAACAAUGCGCGAUGAUAAACCGCUUAUAUCUUUGGUCCGACCGAAAGAAUCUUGCUAUCGUCUCUUCGUCACAUGUAAUUGAUAAAAGGCAUAAAAAGUUAAGGUAAUCUCGUUAGAAUACUUUCAUCUCCAUAUUCUAUUUACGAUGACUGAAGGAAGAUAACAUAUUUUUUUCAUUUUAAAAAUUAAUGUAGGGAACGUAAAACAUGAUCCAAUUUCAUACAUCUUUAAUUUAUUUAAUUAAUGAGAUUACAAACAAAAUGAAUGAGUCAUGUUAAAAAAGAUUUUUUUAAUUAAAUAAAAAUAAAUUUAUUAUAUUUAUAUUUUUAUGUUUAUCUCUAUAUAUAACAUUAAACUAUGUGAUAUUUUCCAUAAUUUGCAGUUUAAGUAUCUUAAUAUCGAUUUCUACAAUUUCGUACAUUAUAUAAGAUAAAAUCUAUGUUUUCUAUUUCUCUAAAAUAGUGAAUAUAAUGGUCUUAAAAUGUACAGAUAUACAUAUUGUGUCUGUAUUAAUGAAUAAGAAGUGUUGUAUAUAAAAUAUGAAAUAUACAUUUUUGUGCCUUUUUAUCCCACAACAAAAAAUUCAAAUAUCUGUGUCGCGAAAGUAAUAUUCUCGAACGAUGUAAUUGAAUUUUCUAAUACCGUGAUACGAUCGCUAUCGAGAACGUAUACGUGUAUGCGUAGGAAAUAAUGCGAAUUAGUCAUUUCGGGAAUGCGAAUUAGUCACUUCAGGCACUCUUUUCCGCCGUUCCAUAACAUUCAAAGGAGCCGGGGACGCAGUCGUUUACCAGCAAAUAUUUUUAUAUGCAAGAUAUUAACCUUUUUUUUUGUUACAUAAAGGUAUGAGAGACAAUUCGGAUCUGUUUAUAUAUUGACUGAUGUUUUGAUAUAAUCUUAUUUACAGACUGCACAAUUACAUAGGUGUUAUAGGACAAUAUCAACAAUGGCGGGAGAACAACAGCAGUUUUUUUUUUU